AUGAAAUAUAUUUUAGUAUCUGGUGGUGUUAUUUCGGGUAUAGGAAAAGGCAUAUUUGCCUCUUCCUUAGGAGUUUUAUUAAAAACCAUUGGGUUAAGAGUUACUGCUAUAAAAAUAGAUCCUUACAUGAAUAUCGAUGCAGGGACUAUGAGCCCUAUUGAACAUGGGGAGGUUUUUGUGUUAAAUGAUGGUGGAGAAGUUGAUCUUGAUUUAGGCAACUAUGAACGUUUUUUGGACGUAACUCUUACUAGAGAUAAUAAUAUUACUACAGGAAAGAUUUAUCAACAAGUUAUCCAGAAGGAGCGUAAAGGGGAAUACUUGGGCAAAACAGUUCAAGUGGUCCCUCACAUUACUGACGCGAUUCAAGAAUGGAUCGAACGAGUAGCUAUGAUAUCAGUUGAUCACAGUGGUGAAGAACCUGAUGUUUGCAUCAUUGAACUUGGCGGUACCGUUGGUGAUAUAGAGUCUGCACCAUUUGUAGAAGCCAUGCGUCAAUUUCAAUUUCGAGUGGGACAUGCAAAUUUCGCUUUGGCACACGUUUCAUUGGUACCUGUCAUUGGACCGGGUGGAGAACAAAAGACCAAACCUACUCAGACUACCAUCAGAGAAUUAAGGGCUUUGGGAUUAUCUCCAGACUUGAUUGCAUGUCGCUGCUGUAAAGCAUUAGAACCUGAAGUACGUGCAAAAAUAUCUAUGUUUUGUCAUGUUGGAAAAGAACAAGUUAUUUCUGUUCGAGAUGUUCUUUCAACCUAUCAUGUACCUCUUUUAUUGAAAGAGCAAGGUGUAUUGAGUUUCUUUCAUAAAAGACUUGGUCUGAAUAAUAUCCAUAUUUCCGCCGAUCGGUUAAUCAAAGGUGAAAAUAUAUUAAAAGAAUGGACAAAACUUACAGAAGAACACGACCGCCUUAAUAAAUCCGUUACAAUCGUGUUAGUAGGCAAAUAUACUAAUCUUCAAGAUUCAUAUCUUUCUGUAAUUAAAGCACUAGAACAUUCUGGCUUAAAAUGUGAGCGGAAAUUAAUACUAAAGUGGGUAGAAGCAUCCGAAUUAGAACAUGAAUAUGAAAAAAUAAAUCCUGACAAGUACCGCAAGGCUUGGAAUGUAUUGUCUUCUGCUAAUGGUAUUUUAGUUCCUGGAGGAUUUGGAAAUAGAGGAACGGAGGGUAAAGUUGCUGCGGCAAAAUGGGCAAGAGAAAAGAAGAUUCCGUAUUUAGGUAUAUGUCUUGGACUACAGAUAGCAGUGAUUGAAUUUGCACGUAAUGUCUGCGGUUUUUCAGAUGCGAACUCGGAAGAAUUUGAACCAUAUGCUAAACAUAGAAUUGUGAUCAAUAUGCCUGAAGUAUCUCUUACUCAUCUUGGAGGAACCAUGAGAUUAGGUAUGCGAUCCACUAUAUUCAAAGACGGUACGGAAAAAUGGUCAACAACACGUAAACUUUACGAGGCCUCUGAUUUCAUGGCUGUUGGUAAACAGCGCAUUGAAGAACGUCAUAGACAUAGGUAUGAAGUAAAUCCAGCAUAUAUACCAGAUUUUGAGGAGAAAGGAAUGCAUUUUGUAGGUCGUGAUGAGAAGGGGGAGAGAAUGGAAAUAAUGGAGCUUAAAGAUCACCCAUUUUUCGUUGGUACUCAAUAUCAUCCCGAAUAUCUUAGUCGACCUUUAAAACCUUCUCCACCAUUCCUUGGGUUUGUGAUGGCGUCAGCAGGGUUGUCAUUAGAUACUAUAUUCAGAAAUAGCUAA